UUCCGAUUAUGAAUAUGAUCGCGAAGGAUUGGAUAAAGGUGAAAAGUGAUCAAGAAAGAAACUUGAUGAUCCGAAGAGCGCAGAGUGCACGUAUUAUUAUUAUUUGCUCUUACUCUGUAAUGGGAUUAGCGUACUUCUUUGUCGCAAUACUGCCUGCUUUUGGAAUAUCGAUGAGAUUAACUCCCAACGUUACUGAUCCAGGAAGGCCAAUGCCUUUACAAACUCAUUAUAUUUAUGAUAUAACAAACAGGCCACAAUACGAAUUGACACUGAUUAGUCAAAUCAUUUAUGUAUCUGUUGCCAUGACGUCUUAUACUGCAAUAGAUAAUUUUCUUAGUCUCCUGGUUUUUCAUAUAUGCGGUCAGUUAGAAAUUCUCAAGAAUCGUUUGGAAUGCCUAGAUAAGUACAUAAAUUAUCAUGCAAUGCUAAAAUAUUGCAUAGCAAAGCAUGUCCGUUUGCUUAGAGCUAUUGAUGUUAUUGAAGAUACAUAUAACAUAAUACUUCUUUGCUUAUUUAUAUAUUUUGCGAUACUCUUUGCUUUCUACGGAUAUCGGAUGAUUACUCUAUUCGACGAAGGAAAUGAUAUGUCCAUCAGUCGCAUAGUGUAUUUAAUUUCUACUAUUUUUAAUAUAUUUACACAUAUGUGCUUAUAUUGCGUUCUCGGUGAAAUUUUAAUGGCCCAGUGCAAUGAAAUAUAUUAUGCGGCAUUUAGUAAUAAAUGGUAUACCAUGAAUCCGAAAGUUGCAGAAGAUUUGUUGUUGGUAAUGACAAGAGGAUCCAAACCAAUAUAUCUCACUGUUGGAAAAGUGUCUCCUGUUACAAUGGCCACGUUUUGCAAUUUAAUAAAAACAUCCGUUGGUUAUAUAUCUGUGUUGCAUACAGCAAGAAGUUGACAAAAAAAAA